UUCUCUUCCCUCUCCCGAUCUCCCUCACCCUUACCUAGGAAAUAUGCAUUUCCAUCAUCUUUUCCUCCACUCUCUCUCUCUCUCUGAGUCACGGGUCACGAAGUAACCUUAUGGUUCAUAAGUAACGAGUCACAAAAAUAUGUCUUUCGUCGAGUCACGAAGUAACCUUAUGGUUUCUAAUCUCGCCUCUCUUCGAGAUCGCACUAAGGGUUUCAGAUCUGGGGCUUAAAUGAGGUUGGAGGGCCAGUAACUUAGGCUCGAUAGCGAAGGGGGCAAAGGUUCAACAACUUGUUGCUACGAAUGGCCAUCAUCAAGUAGAUAGAGGAAACUCAUCAACAACUUGCUUCGUCCCUCCCACGGUCGAGAUCUGCGUUUAUGAACGAAUGGUGUCGAGGAGCUUUGUCCCUCCCAUGGUUGACAUCAAGUAGCACUGAAUCUGAGUUCGAGAUGGAGAUUAAUCGAGGAUAGAUCUGGUUCUUGGAGAUUUAGGUACAAAGGGAGAUUGGUCAGAGGACAAAUCGAAUCUACUCUGUCCUUCGCCAUAGAUCGAAACGAAACCCUAAUUCUCGUCUUCCGUCAUUACAGUUACAGGUUAUCUGUUAUCUGUUGCUUUUCAAGGUGAAGUUGUGAACGUUGUAGUUUCUUUUAUGUCAGAACAGGCCAUAUUCUUUUUGGAAACAAUUGGGUUGCUGGGUGAGUAUUGUCCCUCAUCAAGAAAAAAGAACAGGUCCUUAUCGAAAGUUGUUGGCUGUAUGCAUCUCGGGCCAUUUGAGGAAUACUCUUGGUGUGGUUGCAAGUGUAUGCAACCUUUUCUGGCUGCUGAAGAUCAAUCCAUUUUUGUUGAGAGAAUCCUAGAAGCAAACACUUUGGCUGAUACUCUACAUUCCCGCCAUUCUCUGCUGUGACACUGACAUCCACUUUUACCUAAAUUCCAACUCUAUUUCUGAAGUGAAGAUGGCUUUACAGAACAUAGGUGCUGCAAAUAGUGAUGAUGCCUUCUACCGGUAUAAGAUGCCCAAAAUGAUUACGAAAAUUGAGGGCAGGGGAAAUGGCAUCAAGACAAAUGUUGUCAACAUGGUUGACAUUGCAAAGGCUUUGGCAAGGCCAGCAUCUUACACUACAAAGUAUUUUGGUUGUGAGCUUGGAGCCCAGUCUAAAUUUGAUGAGAAAACUGGAACUUCUCUUGUCAAUGGGGCGCAUGAAAGUGCUAAGCUAGCUGGACUUCUUGAGAAUUUUAUAAAGAAAUACGUCCAGUGCUAUGGUUGUGGAAACCCAGAAACUGAGAUAGUGAUUACAAAAACUCAGAUGCUCCAACUGAAAUGUGCUGCAUGUGGGUUUGUGUCUGAUGUGGAUAUGAGGGACAAGCUUACCAGUUUCAUUCUUAAGAACCCACCUGAACAGAAGAAGGGAUCCAAAGACAAGAAGGCAAUGAGAAGAGCUGAGAAAGAACGAAUGAAGGAAGGAGAGGCUGCUGAUGAGGAGCAAAAGAAAGUGAAGAAGGAUGUGAAGAAGAAGGGCACAUCAUCAAAAGAUAGCACUGCCAAAAAUAGCUCUUCCAGAAAGAAAGCAAGUGGAUCUGAUGAUGAUCAUUCAUCACCUCCGCACAGCCAUGCUGAUGAGAAGGAAGAAAUUGAUGACGAUGAUGAUGUUCAGUGGCAAACUGAUACAUCCCUCGAGGCAGCUCGCCAGAGAAUUCAAGAGCAGUUGAGUGCUGUAACAGCUGAUAUGGUUAUGCUCUCUACAAACGAGCCAGACAAAAUGACCAAGGCCGCAACCAUAACAAGUGAUAAUGCUCAGAAUGGAAACUCAGUUGCUCCAGUGAAACUUCUUGAUGAACUGAAAGCAAACAUAAAGAAAGGCGCCUCAGCCAAUCAGCUGCAGUCCCUUCUAGCGUCUUCUCCCGAAUCAGCUCAGGAAAAGAUGACUCUUUUGUUUGAGGCACUCUUUGACGGUGUUGAGAAAGGGUUCACAAAGGUACUGGCCAAAAAUAAAAAUUACAUUGCUGUAGCUACUGCUCAGGAGGGAUGUCAGCUGCUAUUACUUAAAGCUAUUGAAGCUUUCUUCAAAAGGUUGACAUCUAGUUCGAUGAAAGAAGUUGCACUGGUUCUAAAAGCAUUGUACGAUGCAGACAUCCUUGAGGAAGAGUGCAUAUUGCAGUGGUUUGGUGAAGGAUCAAAAGGAGGUAGCAAAGAGUCCCAGAUUUGGAAAAAUGCUCAACCCUUCAUUGAUUGGCUUCAGAGUGCUGAGUCGGAAACGGAGGAUGAAUGAUUAUGAGUUCUGUUUUUCUUUUUCCGAGUCUUGAAUUAUUUGGUGUAUUGUGAGAAAAACUUAAUAUCUCUGAGUGUGGUACUAACAGACUUCUCUUAGUAUUAUUAUUGUUUUAAUGUCUGUUGCCAUUGCUAAGCUGUUGCUAGUUCUACUUUGUAUGUUUUGUUGUAUUGGGAGUUCUUGAGUGGUCUACGUAUGGUUGUAAUAGUGUUCUACUUUGAAGUGCUUUUUCAUAAAUCUCA